GAGUCCGCUGCGGCCUGACGAAAUUGCCUCCUACCAGGCAGCUGCCGCAGGCCCCUACGUUCUCCAUUUUCCUAGUCCCUGCAGGACUUCACUGGAGUAUUAUUUGGAGAAAGUGUCAUGGAAGUUCUGCGCCCACAGCUUAUAAGAAUUGAUGGUCGGAAUUACAGGAAGAAUCCCAUCCAAGAACAGACUUAUCAACAUGAAGAGGAUGAGGACUUCUAUCAGGGCUCUAUGGAGUGUGCUGAUGAGCCCUGUGAUGCCUACGAGGUGGAGCAGACCCCACAAGGAUUCCGGUCUACUGUGAUGGCCCCCAGCCUGCUCUACAAGCAUAUAGUUGGAAAGAGAGGAGACACUAAGAAGAAAAUAGAAAUGGAGACCAAAACUUCUAUUAGCAUUCCUAAGCCUGGACAAGAUGGAGAAAUUGUAAUCACUGGCCAGCACCGAAAUGGUGUAAUUUCAGCCCGAACUCGGAUUGACGUUCUUCUGGACACUUUUAGAAGAAAGCAGCCCUUCACUCAUUUCCUUGCUUUUUUCCUCAAUGAAGUUGAGGUUCAGGAAGGAUUCCUGAAGUUCCAGAAGGAAGUACUGGAGAAGUGCUCCAUG